GCCCUUCCUUUCAUAAACUAAGCUUGCAAAGGAAAAAAAAAAGAAAAAAAGAAGAUACAUGGCAAAGAGCAACAACCUAAUCGGAUUCCUCAACUUCCUAAGCUUCCUCCUUUCCCUUCCAAUCAUAGGCGGCGGCAUAUGGCUGAGCAGCCGCGCAAGCAGCACCGACUGCAUGAAGUUCCUCCAGUGGCCGCUGAUCCUAAUCGGCAUCGCCGUCAUGGUGGUGUCGCUGGCGGGCAUCGCGGGCGCCUGCUACCGCAACACCUUCCUCAUGUACGUCUACCUGUGGGCCAUGUUUUUCGUCAUCGCGGCCCUCGUCUUCUUCGUCAUCUUCGCCUACUCCUCCACGGAGAGGGGCUCCGGGCGCCCCGUGAUGAACCGGGUGUACCUCGACUACUCCCUCCAGGACUACUCCGGUUGGCUCGCUGACCGGGUUUCCUCUCCCGUUUACUGGGCCAAGAUCAGCGACUGCAUUCGGGCCUCGCACGUGUGCCGCAACCUGCAUAGAUACGUCGGAGGUUUUCCUGAGUCGCCCGAGCUCUUCUACCUCAGGAAACUCACCCCCAUUGAGUCGGGAUGCUGCAAGCCACCAACGUCGUGUGGGUACACAUACAUGAAUGAGACAUUCUGGAUCUCGGGCGGAGGGCUGACUGGAACGGACCCUGACUGUGCACAGUGGAGCAACGAGCAGCAUCAGCUAUGCUACAGCUGCGGCUCAUGCAAGGCCGGCGUAUUAGCCAGCCUCAAGAAGAGCUGGAGAAGAGUCUCAGUCAUCAACGUUAUCAUCCUCAUCGUCUUAGUUUUAGUGUAUGUCGUUGCCUUAGCCGCUGUCAGACACAACAAACAGCUCGAUGAUCCCCAUGGUGAGACCCGUAUGCAGAAAGCUCGCCCUAGCCGGCUUUUCUGACCCGAACGAAGAAAGAAAGCAAUUUCAUAAACUUGUGGAUACUUAUUAGGGAAUUUGCGUGGAAUAGAAGAUUGCAUCAUUUUAGAGAUCAUGAUUUGAAGUAACCAUUUGAUCAUUGGAAUAAUAUAUGUAACUCUUGUUUAAA